AUAUAGCCCAUCCGGGUUCUCUGAGAUGCUGUUUGGCGACUCGUCGCCAUUCCCGGAGCUGUUCUGCCUCGGCCCAGGGGCGAGUGUCGGUCGCUGUGUCGGAGACUCCGGUCCCCGACACCCAAGACAACCAGCCCUCUCCCCUGCCCCGCGGUGGGAGAGCGUGUCCGGCCGGCCGGCGGGGCCCGCGCACCCUCCCUCGCCUCCCCUUUCCCCGCAAGCCUCCGCCCCGCCAGGCCCGGCCCGGACCUCCGAGCCCCGGCCUUCUCCUCCUCCUCCGUCACCGCCGUCGCCGGGCUCCGCAGCCCCGCCCGCCGCUUCUCUUUCCCCGUUUGAGAAGCAAGGAAACAAGGAAAAAAUGUCGCCAUGAAGGCCGAGAACCGCUGCCGUCGCCGACCCCCGCCGGCCCUGAACGCCAUGAGCCUGGGUCCCCGCCGCGCCCGCUCCGCUCCGACCGCCGCCGCCGAGGCCCCCGUUGAUGCCGCAGAGCUCCCCCAGCGCCGCCGCCACCGCCUCCGACAUGGACAAGAACAGCGGCUCCAGCGGCUCCUCCGCCUCUUCGGGCAGCAGCAAAGGGCAGCAGCCGCCCCGCUCCGCCUCGGCGGGGUCGGCGGGCGAGUCUAAACCCAAGAGCGAUGGAAAGAACUCAAAUGGAUCCAAGCGCUAUAAUCGUAAACGUGAACCUUCCUACCCCAAAAAUGAAAGUUUUAGCAACCAGCCCCGUCGCUCCAAUUCACAGAAAAGCAAAACUUUUAAUAAGAUGCCUCCUCAAAGGGGCGGCGGCAGCAGCAAACUCUUUAGCUCUUCUCUUAAUGGUGGAAGACGAGAUGAGGUAGCAGAGGCUCAGCGGGCAGAGUUUAGCCCUGCCCAAUUAUCUGGUCCCAAGAAGAUCAACCUGAACCACUUGUUGAAUUUUACUUUUGAGCCCCGAGGCCAGGCAGGCCACUUUGAAGGCAAUGGACAUGGCAGCUGGGGAAAAAGGAACAAGUGGGGACAUAAGCCUUUUAACAAGGAACUCUUUUUACAGGCCAACUGCCAAUUUGUGGUGUCUGAAAACCAAGACUACACAGCUCACUUUGCUGAUCCUGAUACCUUAGUCAACUGGGACUUUGUGGAACAAGUGCGCAUCUGUAGCCACGAAGUGCCAUCUUGCCCGAUAUGCCUAUAUCCACCUACUGCAGCCAAGAUCACCCGCUGUGGGCACAUCUUCUGCUGGGCAUGCAUCCUGCACUACCUUUCGCUGAGUGAGAAGACCUGGAGUAAAUGUCCCAUCUGUUAUAGUUCUGUGCAUAAGAAGGAUCUGAAGAGUGUCGUUGCCACAGAGUCACGUCAGUAUGUUGUUGGUGAUACGAUCACGAUGCAGCUGAUGAAGAGAGAGAAAGGUGUGUUGGUGGCCUUGCCCAAGUCCAAGUGGAUGAAUGUAGAUCAUCCCAUUCACCUAGGAGAUGAGCAGCACAGCCAGUACUCCAAGCUGCUUCUGGCCUCUAAGGAGCAGGUGCUGCACCGGGUGGUUCUGGAGGAGAAAGUGGCUCUAGAGCAGCAACUGGCAGAGGAACAGCACUCUCCUGAGUCAUGCUUCAUCGAGGCUGCGAUUCAAGAGCUCAAGGCUCGGGAGGAGGCUCUGUCUGGGCUGGCUGAAGGCAGAGGAGAAGUCAGUGGUGUCGUGGCUGCCCUGGAACAAGUGGUGCUGAUGACUCCCUUGGUGAAAGAGCCCUCUUUCCAACCAAGGAAGGGCGUGCUAGAGUACCUGUCUGCUCUUGAUGAAGAAACCAUGGAGAUUUGUCCUCUGGACUCGUCUCGUCCUCUUGCCCUCCCUCUGGUGGAGGUAGAGGAAGAGGAAGCAGCAUCUGAACUGGAGCCUGAGAGGCUUCCCGAGGCCUCUGAUGAUGCAGAGUUAGCAGCUGACAAUCUUGGAGAAGGGACCAUUUGUACUGAGUCCAGCCAGCAGGAAGCCGUCGCCAAGCCAGGCAUUGCACAUCUAAGCAGUGCUCCUUGUUACUACUUUUAUCAAGCGGAGGAUGGGCAGCAUAUGUUUCUGCACCCUGUGAAUGUGCGCUGUCUUGUGAGGGAGUACGGCAGCCUGGAGCAGAGCCCUGAGAAGAUCUCGGCAACCGUGGUGGAAAUCGCUGGCUACUCCGUGUCUGAGGAUGUUCGGCAGCGUCAUAGAUACCUCUCUCACUUGCCGCUCACCUGUGAGUUCAGCAUUUGUGAACUGGCCCUACAGCCUCCCCUGGUCUCUAAGGAAACUUUAGAGAUGUUCUCAGAUGACAUCGAGAAGAGAAAGCGUCAGCGCCAGAAGAAGGCUCGGGAGGAACGCCGCCGGGAACGCAGGAUUGAAAUGGAGGAGAACAAGAAACAGGGCAGGUAUCCAGAGGUCCACAUUCCCCUAGAGAAUCUACAGCAGUUUCCUGCCUUUAAUUCCUAUACUGGUUCCUCUGAAUCUGCUCUGGGUCCUACCAGCGCUGAGGGUCAUGGGUCCGUCUCCCCUUCUUUCAGCAGAAGUCCUGGGGCCCAGGCAGACUUUCUCCUGACCCCUCUGUCACCCACUGCCAGUCAGGGCAGUCCCUCCUUCUGCGUUGGGAGUCCGGAAGAAGACUCUCCAUUCCCUUCCUUUGCACAGAUGCUACGGGUUGGAAAAGCAAAAGCAGAUGUGUGGCCCAAAACUCCAAAGAAAGAUGAGAACAGCUUAGUUCCUCCUGCCACUGUGGACAGUGAUGGGGAGAGCGAUAACUCAGACCGGGUCCCUGUGCCCAGUUUCCAGAAUUCCUUCAGUCAAGCUAUUGAAGCUGCCUUCCUGAAACUGGACACCCCGGCUACUGCAGAUCCCCUCUCUGGAGAGAAAGGAGGGAAGAAGAGAAAAAAACAGAAACAGAAGCUCCUAUUCAGCACCUCAGUCGUCCACACCAAGUGACACUACUGGCCCAGGCUACCUUCUCCAUCUCGUUUUUUUGCCCCCUUGCUUUUGUUUUGCUGCUGUAAUUUUUAAGUAUUUGCAUUUGAACAGAUUAGGUCUGGGUGGGGGGGAGGAAGUUUCCACAACAUGAGGGGGAACCAAGAAAAUUUAAAUACAGUGUAUUUUCCAGCUUCCCAUCUUUACACCGAAAUAAAGUAUUGACACA